GUCCCCGUGACGUGGGCGUGGCCUGUCGGCGCUGUCGGGCGCGCAGCGAUGCGGCGUCGCGGCGGAGACGGCGACAGUGGCGACAGCGGCGACAGAGGCGGCGACAUUGGCCCCGGGCAGGGCAAGUCCGGCGCGGCUCUGCAGGGACGGGUCCGGCGCUCCUGGCUCCCAGGGCUGCGUGCCCUGCUCCUGGCCCCGCUCCUCACUUAUGCCUCCGUGCCCUUCCUCGUCCGCCUCUUCCCCAGCGUGCUCACCAAAUUUGUCUACCUGAACUUCCUGGCCUUCCCUUUCUUCGUGGACUUUCGGCGGCCGGAGCUGCUGGUGAACAACACCAUCAGCCUGUACCUCACCACCGAGCCGGGCGUCACAGUUGGCAUCUGGCACACGGUGCCGGGCAGCAGAGGGGCCGAGGCGCAGGGGAAGGACCAGCGCUGGUUCGAGGAGGCUCUUGGGGAUGCUCACCCUGUGAUCAUCUACCUGCACGGCAAUGGGGGCACCAGGGCUGCGAGUCACCGUGUCCAGUUCUUGAAGACGAUGGGGGCUGCUGACUUCCACAUCCUGGCUCUCGACUACAGAGGCUAUGGGGACUCCACUGGACACCCCUCAGAGAGUGGCUUCACCACAGAUGUCCUGGCACUCUAUGACUGGGUGAAAGCACGGAGUGAGAACAGCAGCAUCAUCUUCUGGGGACAUUCUUUGGGGACAGGGAUUGCCACCAAUGCAGCGAGGAAACUGCAGGAGGAGCGAGGGGUCCAGGUUGAUGCUGUGGUCCUGGAGUCUCCCUACACCAGCAUCCGAGACGCAGCUGCCAACAUCCCCAUCACCAAGAUCUACCGGCAGUUCCCAGGUUUUGAGUCCCUCAUCCUGGACUCCAUGGCUCGGGCAGGAAUGUUCUUCCGCAACGAUGAGAAUGUGAAGGUGCUGGGCUGCCCCCUCCUCAUCCUGCACGCAGAAGAUGAUGGAGUCCUGCCUCCAAAGCUGGGACGCAAGCUCUAUGAGACAGCACACAAAGCCUACAGGGACAAAUCCAAGGUGAAGUUCAUUACUUUUCCUGAAAAGCUGGGCUUGGGCCACGACUACAUCUCCUUCAACCCAGAGCUGCCUGCCCUGGUGAAAGACUUCUUAAACAAGAAGUGAUGCCAGUUGCUGCCUGCACUGAUCCCAUGCUCCCUCAAAUCCACUCCAGGACUCCCCCCAUGGCACUGAACUUACUGCUGUAAGUAAUAAAAUCUACUGAGAAACUUUUUAGUCACCCUCUGCCUCCAGGAUGCUGCAGGGAUGGAGACGCUGCUGUGGUCCGGGCCAUGAGUGGGAGCAUCCCACAGGACACUGGUGGGGGUACAUGGCCCCUAUCCUGCUUCAGCAGCACCUCUGAGGCCCCAGACAGCUGUGCCCAGCUGCAUCCAGCUGUGCUGCCCACCCC